ACAAUAAAUUGCAUUUGCAAGUAGUUUGCCUUCCAACCUUUGUCUUCUCGUAUAAUUAGGUUUUUAAAGGUUUUUGAUAAUGGGAUUACUAAUAUCUAAAAUAUGGAGUUUAUUCGGGAAUGAAGAACAUAAACUAGUUUUAGUCGGCCUGGACAAUACAGGAAAAACAACAAUUCUAUAUCAGCUGUUGUUGGGAGAAGCUGUCCACACUAGACCUACCAUUGGCUCUAAUGUAGAAGAAGUUGUGUGGCGAAACUUGCGUUUUGUCAUGUGGGAUCUUGGUGGACAGCAGAGCUUACGUUCUGCCUGGAACACCUACUAUACAAAUAGUGAGUUUGUUAUAAUGGUGAUUGAUUCAACUGACAGACAACGUCUCAGUAUAAGCCGUGAAGAAUUGCACAGAAUGCUGACACAUGAAGAAUUGAGCAAGGCCUGUCUUCUUGUUUUUGCAAACAAACAGGACGUGAAAGGUUCCAUGACGGCUGCGGAGAUAUCGGAACAAUUAGACUUGACUUCCAUUAAACAACACCCGUGGCACAUACAGGCAUGCUGCGCACUUACUGGAGAAGGAUUACAUCUGGGCUUAGAGUGGAUAGCGAGUAGAAUUAAGAAGAAAUGAAUUUCCUUUCAUUCCUAUAUCAUAUGUACGUAGCCUACUAAACUUCAGUAAACAUUGUGUGGUAAAUGAAAAUGACCGAUGACAUAAAAUAACUAAUUAUCCUGUAGCAUAGGUUAAAUUCAUCGAACGAAUUAACAUGUUAAGUAUCUUUUUUACACUAUAAGGCUUAAUUUACAUUGGCGCGGAUCCGUUGAUCGGUAACAUUGACUUACAAAUAAAUGGACGACCAAAAACCACGAAAAAAUGUCCCAAGUCAACCUAUUCGAAAUUUAAAUUGUCAUCGCAGUAUCGCGCUGUCAGUCGAACAAAUGAAGACUAAAGCGGAGUUUGGCGCUCUGUAUACGAUUUUAGCGCCUUACAAGUGCGGACACUUUUUAGCGCGGACCCGACGUCCAUAUAAUUGUAAGUCAAUGAUCGGUAAUGAAUUUUUGUAGGUAACGAAAAUGUGCUUACAUGUUAUAGACUUAUGUCAAUUGUGUAACUUUUUCUUUUUUUUAAUGUUACGGUCCUAUCGAAGUAAUCGAUGAUUUCGCCAAUGUCAAGUUGAGGAACACACGCGUUUUUACUCAAAAAUUGACCGCUGAAUUUCGACAGAAUUCACUGAGAGCAGAUCUACAAAUCGAUAACGACAGAGUAUUACACAGACUAUUACAGAAACAAAUUGUGUCAAAUCAAAACCAGGGUCUACUCUACUCCCGUUCUCUGUCCGACAAAUAAGUAAUACUCGACCAAAACAAAAGACAAUGUCAACUUCAACUUCAACUUUUGUGUCUAUGGCUCCGUCGUUUUUCG